AUGGUAAUUAUAAAGGCCUCAAUUGUCCUCGCUGUACUUUUUAGCCUCUCGUCAGGAAAAGCUUUUACUCCUUUUCAUGAUUGGAUAAUGACGAGCAGAUGAAUAAAUGCAAUUAAUAGCUAUGAAAUUGAUGACUCUCUAGGAAGUACUCGAAAACUGGCUACAUCUGACAGUUCUUCUUUAGUUACCACUUGUGGGCAAACAAAAGUUUCCCCAGAUAUCAUGGGAGAUUUUUCAGGCAGUUCAACAACUGAAAUAGCAGUAAGCGCUUGGUUAUAUCAAAUUACCCGUGAGGCUGAUUCAUACCCUUUUUCAUUUUAUCGUGAUGCAUCUAAUGCUGGUCACGAUUAUUCUGUUCAAUCAGGAUCAGGAAUCUUCAUUGCGUUUUUUGAUGACCAGAGCGUUAGAAAUAGUUUUAAUGAUAUGGUGAUUUAUGAUGCAUUAGGUAAAUUUUAUUUAGGCGAAUGGAUGUUCUUCACAUUUUAUUGGGUUGACGUUUCAGGGACUAUAACGUGAAAAAUUUACUCGCAAAAUGAUAAUAAGGAAGCUACAGGCACAAAUCCUGCAUAUGUAUGGCCUAACCUAUUAGAUGUGGGGUAUAAAAUGAAUGGCUACUUUUAUGAGAUUAUUGUUCAUAGUGGAGCAUCAUCAGUUUCCAGAUAUGGAACUUAUGUAAUCACUUUACUUGAUGACCAAGGAGGUAGCUAUGUUCCGAUAGCAGGAGGCACUGGCUCGCCACCUUGUACGCAAAGAUCCCAUCCUAAAUAUGGGUGCUUGCCAAUAACAUCAGCCUGCCUAUGCCCAGCUUUUUGCUCUAACUGCGAUUCAGCCGGUGUUUGUCAAGGAUGCACACAAACACACAGAACUCUGAGCACGGAAUGCCGUAAUUUUAAUUUAGAAUGCUUCGAAAACUGCGUUUCAUGUGAUUCCAACUAUAUUUGUAAUCAUUGUGAUGCAAAUUAUUUUCGGAAAAUUGAUAACGACUAUAAUAUUCGCUGUUUCUGUAAGAUUUAUGUAGCUUGCACGACUUCUUGUCAGGAUUGUGAUGGUGGAGAAUGCUAUUUAUGCGCUGAUUUAAUAGUUCAAGAUUCAGGAUCUUGCAGAGAGGAAUCAGUGGGCUUCCAAAUAAGUUUUAGCUAUCCAAACAUUAUUGUUGAUUUUGCCGUUCCUCUUCAAAAUGUUCUCACCAUAGACAAUCUCACUGCAAAAGAUAAAAAUAGCAAUACAAUAGAUGCAUCGAAUUGGCAAAUUGAUCCAUCUUCAACACUUUCUAGGGCUGUUAUUGAGACUGACAAUAUAAACGAAAGCAGCCUUCCAUUUUAUGUGAACCUCUCAUUCAAUUCCUAG